AUGGAAUUAUCGUUAAUGAAUAUGAUUGUGGAUGAAAAUAAAGUAGUCACCGCAGUAACCCUUAGCCGAAGGCUACAUAUCAUGACGGAUGAAGCGACCAAAGCAAUGGUAGAGUUUUAUGAUAAGCACAAGACGGGUGGUGAUAUUUGGGCUACAUUUAUUGUCUAUGGUUCACGUGAAAAGUUCGGUGUGCCAGUCAGAUCUUCUGUACUUUGUCGUGAUGAGGAUGUAGAGAAAGUGAAAGCACAAUUCAAAACAGUCCAUUCUGUGAAGUUGUUCAGCCUUCAGACCGUAAAAAUUGAGGAUUUGAAUUCACUCCUGGUUGGCGAUCGCCUAGAAGAUCAAAAAUUUUUUCGUAGCGAUGCUGAACGUUCCUUAAUACGUUCGAAAUUAGUUAGACAUUUUGCCGAGGAACUCUGUGAGAAACUCCAAUCCGGCAAUUCUGAUGUUCUGAUUGCUAUGAGGCAUUUAUUAGGAGAUGCGCAGAACCAGAAGUCGCCAGCAAAGGUCGCUUCAUCUCAUUCACCAAAGAAAGGUUCUUUACAACCACAGAAGUUGGAUAAUUUGUUCAAGAAGGCGUGUGAGCGACAGAAGACACCUAAAAGUACUCCUAAAAAAGAAGCGAGAAAAAGUCCGUGGAGCAGUGAAAAAGCUGAGUCACUCUCCCAGAGUACUGAUGAAUCUGUUGAAUCCACCGACAUACCGUUGCACAACAAAAUUCGCCGUUCCAGGAAUUCGCAAAAGGAGGUUAAAGUAGAAGACGAUGACUCUCCUGUGGAGGCUGCUUCUAAGCAGACCAGCACUUCUAAGAAGAACCUUUCGAGCAAAUUCUCGUCCACUUUUUCAAAAACAAAGAAAUUAAACAAGGAUAUUUUCGAUGAUGAGGAUUCCUCUCCUGAAAAAUCGAAUGAAGUGAAGGAAAAAUCUCCGGAUCGCGCUCCCGAAAAGCCAAACAAUGCAAACAAAAGGAAACUAAGUCCAGCACCUUCUAAGAAAUUGAAGGAGGCAUUUCAACCACCUCAUGACUGUGAAGAUUCUCAGGAGAGUGCAGCUUCGUCCGAUGGUGAUCACAUACCAGCCAAGAAAAAGAAGAUGGUUAAAACUGUUGAGACGUAUCAAGAUGAGGACGGUUUCCUAGUGACAAAAGAGGUAGUUAACAUGGUAGAAACAGACGAACCAGAGGAACCUCAUUCAAAGCCACUGCGACCUGCUAACAACAACAAGGUAUCGCAAGCAGCUCAUCACAAGAAGAAGUCUGCUGCUGCUGCAGGAACUCAAAAGAUUAGUGCGUUUUUCACCAAGAAAUGA